AUGCCCCGUCUUCUUCCCCGUCUCUUACGAAUACUGGCAAAUGCGCUCCCCGCUCAAAAGAAAGGAGGUCGAGAAAAUAAUCCACGCUUUUCGAAGAAAACCAAGAAAAACUCGAGAAAACCUUCGCUGCCUGCAGCUUCAUUUUCUCUGGUCAACAGAACACAGUCCAUACUUCUGGACCCUUUGAAUCCCAUCACCAACCCUCGGACUCGUGCACGGCACAAAUCAGCGCCUCCUCGAGUACGAGUACAAGGACGUCGCCAUCUCACAGAGGAUCCAGAUCAUGCGAGUCCAAGGAGUAUGACGGUUCUUGAGCGCGAAUACUGGUCAAGUCCAUACCUCAGAAUGCUAUCUACCCCCUUGCGUCAAUGUAUAGUCACGCGCAGAUUCUUACCAUCUGAUUUUCUCAUUCGAUUGACCCCCAUGCGAGUGGACUUGGAAGCGACGCGUGCUACCUCGUUAUUACCUGAUGGACUUGAACACCCUCAAUACAAGGCUCGAAAAGGUCACACAGGAGUAUAUAUGAUUUGCUGGAAAGCAGCUGUCCAGCAACUUCAAGAGCGAAAGCCUUUUCGUCGUUUUGCUGCUAAUCUUUCGGUGCACGCUCUUCUUGAUUCACAUAUCGGACAUCUAUUACGGCUUCGGGUAUUACAAGAGCUUGAGGUGCUGGCCGACAGUCUACGGAUUUCUCCUCGUGGAUCUACGGAAACGAUGGUCCUUCGGAGGCUCACUCGCGCCGAAUGGAAAACAGUGCGUACAAAUGGUUUAAUCAAGCAUGAUGGCGCUGCAGCGGUACUCGUUGUACCACCUCUCAAUCGAGAUCCUAUAACCAAACUGAAAUCAAGCGCUUCAAUGAAACCAGACCAUUCGGACUCAGUUGAUUUGCAGGAUCCAGACUCCGAGGUUUCACGGCGACCCCUUCCACUCUCCUCCCUUUAUCCAUGUGAUAAUUUCGAUACGAAGGACCUUCCUUUCCCUGAUCUGCUACCGACCUCUCAGGUGCCUUUAUAUAACGGUUUAACUCUAUUUCCCUCAGCACCACAACGUGCAGUGUUAUAUGCUGCUUUGUGUAAGCUGUUGGCUGUGGAACGUAAGGCGCGAUGGCGGACACACGCGCACCCUGACCCAUCUAGUAAAGAGCUCACAAAAUCAACUAAUAGCGAUGAAAAGGGAAGUCAUGCAUUCCUACUGACUUCUGACGAUCGUACUGUGAAGAGAGGUGAUACGGCUGCCUUGGCGAUUGCAUUAUGGCGAUUAAGAAUGUGGGAAGGGGAAGCAUGGCAAGGCGACAGUGAUGGCAAUGAAGGAUGGGAGAUCAAUAAGGAGUGGAGGUUGAAUUAUAACAAGAAUUGGAGAAUAUAA